GGUCAGACUGGCUGAGUUUUCAGGAGUGUUUCCAGGGAAUCUGAAGGUGUGGCAGAAAGCUCUUCUGUCCAGGCAAAGAUCCAGAUCCAGAAUAUUCAGCUUUCAUCAUGGGAUCCUUAUGGGAGGAUUUGGAAAGUCUUGUAGAAGCUCCUUCAUCUUUUACUGCAAAAGCAGGAGAAAGGGGAACAGUCAAAGCCAAAGUCGCCUUUAAUGCAGACGAGGAUGCCAAAGCUCUGAGGAAGGCCAUGAAAGGACUCGGAACAGAUGAGAAGACGCUGACGGACAUCCUGGCUCACAGAAGCAGCGCUCAGAGGCAGCUCAUCUGCGCCGCCUAUCAAAAGGCCACCAGCAGAAUGUUACUCAAGGACCUGAAAGACGAGACAAGUGGAGACUUCAAAGACCUGCUGGUGGCACUGGUGACCCCUCCUGCAGAGUACGACUGUCAUGAAGUGAUGAGAGCCAUCAAAGGAGUUGGCACAGAAGGCGACGUCUUGGUGGAAAUCUUUUCCUCUCGGUCUAACCAGGAAAUCAAGGCGCUCACUGAGGCCUUCUUAAAAGAAACUCAGAAGCAGUUGACUACUGAGCUGGAAAAGAAAGUGUCUGGGGACUUCUCCAAAGCACUUCUGCUCCUGGCUCAGGGCAACCGGGAACAAGACACUUCAGCCGAUGUCGAGAAGGCCAGAGAAGAUGCCAAGACUCUCUACAGUGCAGGGGAGAAGAAAUGGGGAACAGAUGAAGCCAAGUUUAUAGAGAUCCUUUGCCGAAAAAGUAUCCCCCAGAUCAGACAGACCCUUGUUGAAUACAAAAACAUCAGUGGGAAAACACUGCAGCAAAGCAUCGAGGCAGAGAUGUCUGGGAAUCUGAGAAAUCUGCUGGUAGCAGUUGUGAAGUGUGUGAAGAGCCAGCCAGCUUAUUUUGCUGAGUGUUUGCACAACAGCAUGAAGGGCGGUGGAACCCAUGAGUCCACUUUGACCCGCAUCAUGGUAACCCGGUCGGAGAUUGAUUUGCUGGAUAUCAGAGCAGAAUUCAAGAAACUCUACAACCACUCUCUGCAGUCUGCUCUCCAGUCGGAGGUAUCGGGCGACUACGGUGACUGUCUGAAGGCGAUCUGUGGAGGAGAUGACUAGGACUAGGACAAUCCCUCCCUCACACUAUGAAGAAACUAGAUUCUGUUCCUUCCCUUUGCUUCAUGGAAAUGAUAACUUCGUCAUGUUUUUAAUCUUCAGAUCAUGUUUACUGAAAGCAUUCUAACAAAUCACUGACCAUAAGGUGAAAAAAAAAUCAUAAUGAACCCUCAGUCUUAUUUUAAUUUGUAAACUUAAAAAUGAAGACGAAGAGUUAAAAAUAGAGGAAAUAAAUUGUCAUGAGAAACACUAAGAAGUGUGAUGUAUGGUGUUACUGUCCUCUCACCACUAAGGGGAGUCGGUUAGUUUUGUAAUGUUUUGUUUGCCUGUAUGGAGAACAUAAAGGCACAUUUGAAGACA